AAUGUAACUCCUCUGCGUUUCCGGUUGAGACAGAGGUCUUGAUACCAGCGUGACUGACUUGCUUAAUUUCGGUUUUCAGUGCCGAGUUGAUGUUUUCGGUGUAAGUUCGGUAAAUAUGGUAUGCCUGUAGGUCUGUUUUUCAUAGAGUGUAGUUAGGCUCGAGUCCCGGUAUUACUUGGCGGUUAGCAGGGCUGUAACCUUGGCCCGGAGCUUCUGCAGCAACAUGUCAGCGGUCUGUCGCAGUUUGAACUUUUUAUCAGUCAAGACCCUGACAGAAGCUCCAGUUUUGUCACCUUGUACUUGGUAUCUGUCAGCACGCAGCAAAUUCUCCAAAUCAAGAAUCCCACAAGAGAUUUUUACUGAGCGAGCAAAAGAGCACGAGAAGUAUGGCGGGGAUCCAGACCAGCCUCACAAACUGCACAUAGUGACACGAGUCAAAAGUGCAUUGCGUAGACCAUACUGGGAGAAAGAGAUGAUAAAGCACCUUGGGCUUCAAAAGCCCCACGUCCCCAUAAUCCAUAAAAAUACACCUGCAGUCAACAGCCAGCUGAAAUUUGUCAAGCACCUUGUGAGGAUACAGCCACUGAAGACUCCCUAUGGGCUCCCCGCUGAACAUGACAUGGCUGACACGUACAUCAACAGCAAAGGAGAACUUAUUGUACGCCGCCUCCUCCAACCUGUAGACAACAAGCCUAUUGAAUCUUAGCUCCAUUGUUGUGUAAAAAAUGUCUUGGAAAACCACGUGGAAAACCAGCAGCACCUGCCAGAUUUAUGGAUUACUGUUUCCUGUGUUUCGAUGCUAAACUUCAGAUGAAUAUGAUUAAACGUUCUCAUCAA